UGGUGGUCAAUCGCCGGUAAACACCAAGGGAAGAAGUAGAAGAAGCAGUAGCAAAAGAAGAAGAGCGUAAGAAUAUAUCACGAAGUUCUUGUAAACGACUGUGUGUUGCAAAAAUUAUGGCACGGAUGGAUGUGCAAUGCGGUCCGAUGGCGUUGGGUCUCCUAGCAGGCAUGGGCUGUGGGCUCUUCUUUGGUUGGCACCUACGAGGGCGAGUUAGAAAACCUGUACGAGAAAAUGUUGGAGAGGCCGAAAAUAACACCCAAACGAGCGUUAUGGGAGAGAGUGGUGAAUUCAAGAUGAUCCUGAUUGUUCGCACCGACUUGAAAAUGGGUAAAGGCAAAGUGGCGGCACAGUGUUCUCACGCAGCCGUUUCUGCCUACAAGCAGAUGCAGCGUAGAAACCCAGAGCUUUUGAAACAAUGGGAAUACUAUGGGCAGCCCAAAGUGGUUGUAAAGGUGCAAGAUGAGGAGUCUCUGCUUGAACUUUUGUGCCAUGCUAAGGAAGUUGGCCUGCCGAUUAGUCUUAUUCAAGAUGCUGGAAGGACACAAAUUGCUCCUGGCUCAAGAACUGUUCUUGGAGUAGGACCCGGGCCUGCAGAUCUUGUGGACAAAGUAACAGGUCACUUGAAGCUAUACUAGAACUAUCAGUUGGUGACACUUUAAAAUUGGCUAAUCUGUAUAUUAAAAGCAUUUAAAUUGAAAUAUGCUUAAAAGCAUUGAAUCAAAUAAAAUGAAUUUAGUAAAAA